GUAGCAUUGCAAAGGAAGGGAUGCUCCAGGCUUCCAUUAGCUUUCUCAUGUGCUGGGGAACAGGCAGAAGUUCAACAUGUGGAGCUCUCCCCGUCCCGCACCCUGGAGAUUCUGCAUUCAUACUUGUUAUAAUGCAGCUGUUAAACUUCCAGGAGCUGCGUCGGGAUAAAGUGGGACAAUCCCAUUGGUUGGGUUGCCAACUCUGAGCUGGAGAAUUUGGGAUCUCUCAACCCUAGCCUGCUUUGGAAGCCAUGGUGGUAGAGGUGAGCAGCUUCUAUGGAGUCUACCUCCUGUACUGCACCAACCCUCGUUAUCAUGGCCGAGUUUACGUUGGCUUUACUGUCAAUCCUGAACGACGGAUAGGUCAGCACAACGCCGGGAAGCGUCGCGGAGGGGCUUGGAAGACGAGCGGCCGUGGGCCCUGGGAGAUGGUACUGAUUAUCCACGGCUUCCCCUCAGACGUGGCUGCCCUGCGGUUUGAGUGGGCUUGGCAGCACCCGCACUCCUCCCGACGUCUCACCCACGUGACCCGCCGCACUUCACGAGAGCGCCAGUUUGAAUUCCAUCUGCGUGUCGUAGCCCACAUGCUCCGGGCCACCCCCUGGUGCCGCCUGCCUCUCACCGUGCGCUGGCUCAAGCAGGAAUACCGGAGAGACUUCCCUCCAGGCUUGGAACCUCCCUUACACAUGCCAGUGGCUUUUGGGCAAGUCCGUGCUGUCAGAGGAACCAAGGGAGCAAGACCAGAGUCUGAUGAAGAACUACCGGUAGCUCCGAAACGCUGCAGCGUCUGUCUGAAAAGGUUCCAGGAUGGGGAGGAAGAUGGCACCCCCUUGCGCUGUUUCCAUACCGGCUGCUCCAUGGCAGCCCAUAUUACAUGCUUGGCCCAAGCUUUCCUACAGCAAGAACCAGAUCAAUUCAUACCAAUAGAAGGUCAAUGCCCAGGCUGCAAGAAUACUGUGCUCUGGGGAGAUCUGAUUCGCCAUUACAAGGGAUGCUAUGGAGACCUAGAGGCUGACCCCACCUCCUCCCAGGAACACUGGGCCAGUGAGCUGAACCGUGAAGGAGUCAGCAGAAACGCAUCUAACGGUGACUCUUCUCCUUUGGUGGAAGAUGACCUUGGAUUCCUAGCAGCUGGGACAGCCCUUCCUUAAACCCCUGCUCCUCUUCCUGGAUGGCUGGGAGUCUUCUUACUUCUCUUUCUGGCUGGACCUGUUAAACUUUUCACUCCGCAAUCAAGUUCCAAGAGAGAAGACUGGUUUCAUUUUAAAGUGGACCAAUUAAAUAAAGAGACCGAGACUGAGGCAAGAUCUCUGUGAAAGGAAGAAAAGGGCGGGGAACCAGGUGCUUAAAUUUACUGAGAAGAAAGGAUAAUCCAGAAGAACUGAACUAGCAAGAACCUGUCUUUAGACGGGACGCUAGAAGUCCUUGUGUCUUGUGAUAGGUGUCCAAGUCGUGCCACGGAGGUUCAAAACAGCACAGCCAGAAUUAAGUAGCCUGUGAACUCUCACAUGCGUUGGUAAAGAGAAAGAUCAGUAUCAAUAUUUAUAUUUGCAAGGAAAAGUGGCAUACAUGUAUUUAAAAUAAAUUAUACGUAAUGUGCAUUCCUCCCUUUCUUUCUGUUGUAACAUCAUGUAGCUCCUACCAUCCUUCUUUCCUGAUAUAUGUUUUUAGAGGGACUUGUUAGCAGGCGCCAUCUUGGUCUACCAUUAAUAUUAAUAUUAAUUUAUAAGCUGCAUUUUAAUGGGGUAGGGUUUAUUUUUAUUAGA